AUGGACACCAACGAGUUUAGAACGGCGGCCAAGGCGGCUAUUGACGAGAUUGCCGACUACCAUGACAAUGUCUCCUCCAAGCGUGUCGUCUCCGACGUCCAGCCCGGCUACCUACGCCGCUUGCUCCCUUCGUCGGCGCCGCUAGACCCGGAGCCGUUCGACGCCAUCCGCGCCGACAUCCAGGACAAGAUCAUGCCGGGCAUCACGCACUGGAACAGUCCCGGCUUCAUGGCCUUCUUCCCCUGCUCGAGCAGCUACCCGUCCGCCAUUGCCGAGAUGUACUCCAACGCCUUCAGCGGCGCCCACUUCAACUGGAUCUGCAGCCCUGCCGUCACGGAGCUCGAGACCAUUGUGCUCGACUGGAUCGCCCAGGCCCUCGGCCUCCCGGAGUGCUACACUUCCAGCGGGAGCACCCACGGCGGCGGCGUCCUGCAUGGCUCGGCCAGCGAGGCCAUCCUCACCGUCAUGGUUGGCGCGCGAGACAAGUACAUUGCCGCCAAGACGGCACACCUCCCCGACGGCGAGGACAAGGAGGAGGAGGUAUGGCGCCUGCGGAGCAAGCUCGUCGCCCUGGGCAGCGCCGGCGCGCACUCGAGCACCAAGAAGGCCGCCCAGGUGCUCGGCGUGCGCUUCGCCACCGUCCCCAUCUACGAGGAGGACGGGCUGGCCAUGAAGGGCGAGUCCCUGGCCAAGACGCUCGACGAGCUCGCCGCCAAGGGCCUGGAGCCCUUCUACCUCACCACCACCAUGGGCACCACCGACGUCUGCGCCGUCGACGACUUUGCCGGCAUCGCGAGCGUCCUCCAGGGCCGGAUCGCUGCCGGCAAGACGGAGCUGUUCGUCCACGUCGACGCCGCCUACGCCGGCUCGGCGCUCCUCCUCCCGGAGAACCAGCACAUCGCCGCGCCGCUCGUGCACUUCCACUCGUUCAACUUCAACCCGCACAAGUGGAUGCUCACCACGUUUGACUGCAGCGCGACGUUUGUGCGCUCCCGCGCCGACCUCAUCACCGCGCUGAGCAUCAAGCCGCCGUACCUGCGCAACCAGUUCUCCGACAACGAGCUCGUCACCGACUACAGGGACUGGCAGAUCCCCCUGGGCCGGCGCUUCCGCUCGCUCAAGCUGUGGUUCGUCCUGCGCAGCUACGGCAUAAGCGGCCUGCAGGCGCACAUUCGCAACGGCGUGGCCAUGGGCGAGAAGCUCGAGGAGAGGCUGCGCCGCAGAAGGGACCUGUUUACCGUCUUUACCGCCUCGAGGUUCGGCCUGGUCUCGCUGCGCGUCGCCGGUAAGGACGAGGACGAGGUGAAUGCGCGCACGGAGAAGGUGUACGAGGCUGUGAAUGCCGGCGGCAGCUUCUACCUGACGAGCACCGUUGUCGGCGGCAAGUUUGCCAUUAGGGUGUGCUUGGGGGUGCCCACCGUGCGGGAGGAGCAUGUGCAGGGCGUGUUUGAGGCCUUGGUCAAGGAGGCCGAGACGGUCUGUGGCGACUUGCCGAAUUAG